GCCCCAACCGGUGUCCAAGUGGAUUGGCUUCCCCAGGAAGAUGACACGAUCGAAAUGCGACACGGCGUACCAGCAGUCAAGACUGAGUUGGACAAGCCCCUUGUCGGCACAUUCGCCGAUGCAGCAGCGGCAAUGGCUUGAAACUCUUGGUCAUGAAUCAUUCUCUUGGUUUCUGCCCACCCGAGCUCACAGCCAAGGCGGCUAAGCUAUGCCCCUUAUUCUUGCGCUGUAUUUUCUAUCAAAGAUUCGUAUUGGUCGACGCAUGGCCAGGGUCCCGUCGGAUUACGGCAACAUGGGACGGAAUGGCAUGGAGUGACGACAUCUUUUUCUCUUUUCCCUCGAUACCCCUCCAAACACAGUAUGCAGACACGCUUCCCAAAAAUCCACCCACACAAAAAUCAGAGUACUCGGUAGGCUCCAAUGCCACAAACACCACACCCCAGAGAAGCAUCCACAUUCACUCACAUAUCGCUUUUUCUGUUUGUUCGUUUUUUUCUCCCCCUUCUUUCAUUUUCUAUGUCAGAACCCUGUACUUGGUUCGGAAACCCUUGUAUAAAACGUCUGGGCAACGAGGUUAUGAGAAAGGUGGACACGAUGGGCCCAAAAGACCACGAAUUAAUCAAUGAAAAAUUCCCUCUAUCCCACUUUGGAGCCCCCCUGGUUCGUACCAUGGCGGGCCAAUGAUUGCGUCUUGAAAUAUUCUUCAGCGUGUGGACCCUUUGGCAAGGAAUGUUGCAUC